AUGGAAGGAGAAAAACAAACUCCACACAUUGUCAUUCUACCAGCUCCAGGAUUGGGUCACCUUAUCCCCCUUGUUGAAUUUGCCAAGAAAUUCCUCCGUGACCAUGAUUUCUCCAUUACAUUUACAAUCUCGACCGACGGUUCUCCAAUCAAAUCACAGAAAAAAGUCUUGGAUAGCCUUCCCAAAUGUGUUGAUACCAUCUUUCUCCCCCCUGUUAACCUUCAAGACCUCUCCAGGGAUUCAAGAAUUGAAACCCAGAUCUACCUCACUAUAGCCCGUUCCCUACCUUUACUCCAUGAAGCUUUUAAGGUCUUAACCGCCACAACUCCCAUUGUUGCCCUGGUUGUUGAUCUCUUUGGCACCGAUGCAUUUGAUGUGGCUAAGAAAUUUAAUGUUCCUUCUUACAUAUUCUUCCCUUCAACUGCCAUGGUAUUGUCAUUGUACCUCCAUUUGCCUGAGCUUGACGACAAGUACUCUUGCGAAUAUAGAGACCUGUCUGAACCAGUGAAAUUACCUGGAUGUGUGCCAAUUCAUGGGAGAGAUUUCCUGGACCCACUCCAAGACAGACAAAAUAAGGUUUAUACAUGGACCUCAUACCAUUGCAAGCGUUUCAAACUGGCUAAUGGUAUCCUGCUAAAUAGCUUCAUGGGCAUGGAAGCAGGCGCUAUCAAGGCUUUGAAGGAGGGUGGAGACACAAGUUUGCCACCUAUAUAUCCAAUUGGGCCACUCAUACAGAAUGGUUGUAUGAAGGAUGGACCUGAUGUUUCUGGGUGCCUAAGAUGGUUGAACAAUCAACCCCUGGCGUCUGUAUUGUUUGUUUCAUUUGGGAGCGGUGGUGCCCUCUCGAGGGAGCAGUUGAAUGAAUUGGCGUUGGGAUUGGAGCUUAGUAAACAAAGAUUCUUAUGGGCUGUCAAGAGCCCAAACGCUACCUACUUCGAUGCCCAAAGCAUUGAAGACCCUUUGGUUUUCUUGCCGGAGGGUUUCUUGAAGAGGACCAAAGGAAGGGGUUUGGUGAUACCAUCAUGGGCUCCUCAGAUACAAGUGCUUAGCCAGGUCUCUACUGGAGGGUUCCUUACCCAUUGUGGGUGGAACUCAACCUUAGAGAGUGUAGUACAUGGGGUACCAUUGAUUGCAUGGCCACUCUAUGUAGAACAAAAGAUGAGUGCAGUGAUGCUGGUGGAGGAUUUGGAGGUAGGUUUGAGGCCAAAAGUGGCGAAGAAUGGGAUAGUGGGAAGAGUAGAAAUUGCUACAGUGGUGAAGUGCUUAAUGGAAGGGGUAGAAGGGAAUAGAAUACGGAAGAGGAUGAGAAUGCUCAAGAGUGCAGCUACUAAGGUGUUAAGCGAAGAAGGAUCCUCUAGAAAAUCACUCUCGGAGGUAGCAUGCAAAUGGAAGUCUCAAGUGGGGAUGUGA